GGCCCGGAGGGUGGGCUCUGGCCGGCCCGGCCUCCGCUCCCCAGCCGCUAAAAGGCGCGCUGGACGCCGCCCCGCAGGUCCCUCGACGCUCUCCCAGCCGCGCGCUCCGAGCCCAGCGCCCAGCCAUGGCGUGCCCCCUGGACCAGGCCAUCGGCCUCCUUGUGGCCAUCUUCCACAAGUACUCGGGCAGGGAUGGCGACAAGAACACCCUGAGCAAGAAGGAGCUGAAGGAGCUGAUCCAGAAAGAGCUCACCAUUGGCCCGAAGCUGCAGGAUGCUGAGAUUGCAAAGCUGAUGGUCGACCUUGACCGGAACAAGGACCAGGAGGUGAACUUCCAGGAAUAUGUCACCUUCCUGGCGGCCUUCGCCUUGAUCUACAAUGAUGCCCUCAAGGGCUGAAAAUAAAUCAGGAAGGGGGAGACACCCUCUGUCGGGCCUGUCUAAGUGCAGUGGUGGGUAACUGUUCAAUAAAUAUCUUCCUUGGUC